GCCAGACCAUCAGCCCUGCAGAGUGGCACCCGCUUCAGGCUGGGGGUGCGGCAGCCCCGGUGUGUGAGCCCCCUGCCGGGGGGGUGGGGAUAGCUAUAGACCGGAGUGGACCUGCACACUCCCUCCCACACGCUCAGCGCUUGGCUUCACUUUGCCUGUGUCCUGCCCUAAAUGUACCUCGCAGGAGCCAUGCAGGAGAACCUGACUACGCCUCAUACUUUCUAAUUCACUCUAAAAUAAAAAAUCCCAGUCCCUCCCGAAAGGUUUCUCUUGGACCGAGGUGUGGGGGGAUAGUCCUGUACCUUUACUUUUACCAGGUCUAGCUAGAAGUUUAUUUUCUUUGGUGCAUCAUCACCAAUAUAACUGGCUUUCAAAAUAAAGGAUCGGUGUGAGGAUGUAUCUGGAGGCCCUAAUUCUGCAACGCCGUAAGCAUGUGCAUAACUUCACUGUCCUCAGUAGCCUGCUUGCAGACUGUUGACCCGCUCCCUUGGUUAAAGUUGCAAGCAGGCUUUAAAGCUUCGCAGGGUUGGGCCAUUAGUUUUUAAAACAUUCACUGGUGUUAAUUCAAAAUUCAGGAGUUUGGGGCAUCAGGGGGAAGGCUCCUAACCCUUUAUCCAAAUUAACAGUUCUAAAAGAAACACUUGAAUGUGCUUUCAUAUUAACUUUGUAAUUUAAAUUUCUUUAAUUGUGUUGGUUGCUUUAAUGAUAUUUUAAAAAAACCUCAUUUGGAAUUACAGUUGUCCAGUUUCCUGGAACAAUGUAAAUCCAUGAACUAUUAGCUUGUGUUUAAACUGCUAUUUUUGGGUACAUUUUCAGAUGAUUUGUCAAAAGGUGAUUUAUCCUUAUGUGAAAUUCAGGGGAUAGGAGUCGGGGCACUAAAAAUAGCUAGCUGACUGGAAUGUUACAACACGGAGCCUGACUCUUUUGUUGAGUAAUAGUCUGGAAAGCUCUUCCAAUAUUGUUUUGAGCACAGCUGAAUAAAACUGUUUAAAAAAAAUUUUUUUUUCUUCCAUAACAUUCAAAAUUCAUUAAUGAUUAAUUGCAGUUUCAUUUGGCUAAAGAUUAUUUUCCCUUUCUGUUGCAUUCUUUGUUUAACAUGUUCAUGUUUCACACUGUUUUUUCAUUUUCCCCUUGUCUGCAAUCACUUCUUCAUUCCACUAAGGCUGGGCACAGAUUGGUGUUAGUAUUAGGAGACCUUCACAUCCCACAUCGAUGCAACAGCCUGCCAGCUAAAUUCAAAAAAUUGCUGGUUCCUGGCAAGAUCCAGCACAUCCUCUGCACAGGAAAUCUCUGCACCAAGGAGAGCUAUGACUACCUCAAGACUCUGGCUGGGGAUGUUCACGUUGUCAGAGGGGACUUCGAUGAGAACCUGAAUUACCCAGAACAGAAAGUUGUAACUGUUGGUCAGUUUAAAAUUGGGCUGAUCCAUGGCCAUCAGGUUAUUCCAUGGGGUGACAUGGCCAGCCUGGCACUACUGCAAAGGCAGCUGGAUGUGGACAUUCUGAUUUCAGGGCAUACACAUAAAUUUGAGGCAUUCGAACAUGAAAACAAAUUCUACAUCAAUCCAGGAUCGGCCACGGGAGCCUAUAAUGCCUUGGAGAUAAACAUCAUUCCUUCAUUUGUUCUGAUGGAUAUCCAGGCGUCCACAGUUGUGACUUAUGUGUAUCAGCUCAUUGGGGAUGAUGUGAAAGUAGAAAGAAUUGAAUACAAAAAGCCCUAACGCAAAUCAAUCAUGUCCACUGGUGCUUUUUUACCGUGUCUCAUUCCUUUUUCCCGUCAAAUCGACUAACUAAACCAUCGUGAUCCACAGACUUUAUUGCAACACUUUAUUGGACAGUUUACACACUAACACAAUCAGUUUUUACUAACUACUACUUGUAAGCUUAUUGUAAACCUUAAGAGUGUAAUUCGUUUACAGUACAUAAUUUCCAAGCACACGUCACACACUGAACUAUCAUCUAUGUAUAAAAUGGCUACGCUUGUAAAUAUCUAGUGUUACCACAGCUGUUAAGACUGACUGAUCUCAUGUGCAUGACUAGCUUGUUGUAAUUUGAGACCAAACUUGUUACAUAAAUUAUUCUAACCCUUAAUAUUUAAAUAAACACUUAUCUCAUCUA